AUGUUCCUUAUACUCCACUUCCUAGUGAUCAUUACAUUUUUCUUCGUCUUCACUUCGCCUCUUACUCAGGUGAUCAUUACACUUCCCUUCGUCCUCUCUCGCUCUUACUCAGUGAUCAUUACAUUUUUCUUCGUCUUCACUUCGUCUCUUACUCAGGUGAUCAUUACAUUUCCCUUCGUCCUCUCUUCGCCUCUUACUCAGGUGAUCAUUACAUUUUUCUUCGUCUUCACUUCGCCUCUUACUCAGGUGCAGUGUGCACAUACAUCUACCAUUACAGGUGCAGUGUGUACAUACAUCUACCGUACAGUCCCCAGGGAUCGCAGCCGCUGCAGGUGGCAUCCUGGACGCCACAUCAGGGCCUCGUUCUCACCUCUCACCUCCCACUCUUCCCUGACAAGUUCUCAAAGUGAGUACAAGUUCUCAAAGUAUACUUAUGUUCGGCCUUCUGAUGAACUCUGGGGUGUUAAGCUUGGUAAUGGGUCGUGGUCUGGCAUGGUGGGCAUGGUGAUGAGGAAGGAAGUAGAAAUCGGUGUUGGCCCUUUCUCGAUCCACAUAAGUCGAACUGAGGUGGUAGACUUUACAGUACCAAUAAUGAUAGAUUAUUAUAGGAUCAUUGGAGCACGAGGACAUCCUGAGGUGGAUCCCUGGGGCUUCGUGUUCCCCAUGGCACCGCUGGUGUGGGCUGCCAUCCUAGCUACACUGAUGGUACUUGUUGCAGCAGUGUUCCUCAUGUCAGUCUCUGUGGCUCACAAGACUGUCGACCAGAGGAACAAGUUACACAUCGUUUUUGACUAUGUUCGAAUAUUAUUACAGCAAGAUAUGACGGUGCCUGCGUACUGGUGGUGGGAGCGGGUAAUGUUAGUUUUGUGGAUGAUGGUGACGCUGGUGCUAACACGGAGUUACUCUGGCAACCUCAUGGCUCUCCUAGCAGUCAGACACAUCUCUCAACCUUACCAGUCACUACAAGAUGUUGUUGACGACCCCUCCGUUAAGAUGAUAUGGGAAAAGGGCUCUAAUGUUCUCAGUUAUUUAGAUUCAGCAGAGUCCGGGAUAUAUCGGGAGAUAGCUGACACAGGGAAGGUUGGCAGGUUAAUAUAUAUUACACGCCGGCACUUCAGUGAAGCAAUAGACACUGUGGUGCGACAAGGAGACCACGUGCUCAUGCUUGCUGCUACCGGCCUCGUAGCUUAUGUUGCUCAAGACUUCACAAAAACUGGGAAGUGUUCCUUUUACGGGUCCAGAGAAGAGUUUUUGCAGAUAAUGUUUGCAAUGAUCGGUCAAAAAGACAGUCCAAUUAUUCCAGCUCUUAAUAAGAGGAUAAUGUCGACAACGGAAGCAGGACUCUUCUUCCAGUGGGUGAAAACUGAGGAACCAAACUCUACUGUGUGUUAUCAUUCUCCCAGCAAGAUCCUUGUUAAUUCACCACUCUCAAUCAAAAAUAUUUGGGGAAUGUUUGUGAUCCUCUUCGUUGGACUCUUCGGCUGUCUAGUUGUACUCUGCCUGGAGCUUUUUAUAUUUCAUAUUUCAAAAAAAUUCAUGUAA